CCUGUCAGGACUCAACAGACUGGGUGGGUGGAUCGCGCAUGCGCGCUCUAUCCUCCGACCAGUGCGGCAGGAAAAGCGCAGAGAAGACGCCGCGGAGAGAUACAAGGAGAGAGAGACAGAGAGAGAGAGAGAGAAACAGUUGGGAAAAGAAAAGGAAGAACAACAUGGACACGAACGGCGUCUUUCGCUGAUGUGUGAAGCCGUGCUCCGGUGCUCGGGGCUGUAGCUGUCCUCCUCCGCCGCACAGCUGCUCCGUUAUGUCGGACAACCUGAGGAUAAUAAUGUCAGGGAAUGGAGGAAAUCUUCAGAAUUCCUGCUUCUGAACUGCGCUGUGCUGUCACGGUGUAAGGAUAUUCCUGAAACGUUUAAAACUGGAGGAUGGUGCUCAUGUAGCGCCCCCCCCCCCCNNUUUUUUUUUUGGUCAACCCAACUCGUCGUGCUCUCCAACAAUCAAGGCCACGCUCAAAGUUUUUUUUUUUUCUGGAGAAGGGGGAAAUUUUUGCUGCAUUGAAUUCCUCUGGACGGGAUGUCAUCCGCAGUCAGGAGGAAUUCCUCAAGCUGACUGAUCCUCCCGCUGCAGUGAAGCCCCUAAGCGGGAUCCCGAGAGAGAUAAGAUGGGAGAUGCGGCAGACGACAGAGGGAUGAGACGGACCUUCAUCGUCCCUGCCAUCAAGAGCUUCGAUCACUAUGACUUUACCAGGGCCAAGAUAUCAUGCAGCCUGACGUGGCUGGUGGCCAAGGCUUUCGGCUCGGACUCAGUGCCAGAGGAGCUGGUUGAACCUCUAUACAAGGACCAGUACAACCAGGAGCACCUGAAGCCUCCAGUGGCCUGUCUGCUCCAGUCUGCAGAGCUCUACUGCCGGGCAGGGAGCCUGAUCCUCCGUAGUGAUGCUGUCAAACCUUUACUUGGACACAACGCUGUCAUCCAGGCCCUGGCCCAGAAAGGCCUGUACGUAACUGACCAGGACCGACUGGUCACUGAGAGAGAUCUGACCAGCACGCCUAUACAUAUGAGUUCCCACCUGGCGCUCAUAGAUACCCUGAUGAUGGCGUAUACUGUGGAGAUGGUGAGUGUGGAGAGGGUGAUGUCCUGCAUCAACAGGUACUCCUCCGCUGAACCCUCACAUAGUGACGGACAUAUCCAGGAGCUGCCUUAUGAUACCGAGGAUGCAAUCAUCACCUGGAUCAACAAGGUGAAUGAACACCUGAGGGACAUCCUUGUCGAAGAGCAAAAGCUGAGAGAGGCUUCCUUCCAGGACUCAAAUGCAACAACACAGAAAGCUCGCUACAGGAAGGAGCAUGCUCAGCAGAGGAGCGCACCAUCGCUCCCCCUGGUGGAGAACCUGCUGAAGGACAACACAGACGGCUGUGCCCUGACCACCCUGCUGCACUUCUACUGCUCACAGGCCAUCAGACUGGAAGAUAUCUGCCUCAAGGAGACCAUGUCUUUGGCUGACAGUCUGUACAACCUCCAGCUGGUGCAGGAGUUCUGCAGGAACAACCUCAACCACUGCUGCCACUUCAGCCUGGAGGACAUGCUCUAUGCACAUGCAUCCAUAAAGAGUAACUACCUGGUGUUUAUGGCUGAACUUUUCUGGUGGUUUGAAGUGGUUAAACCUUCAUUUGUACAGCCCAGAGUCUUCAACCCAAACGUCUGCGAGCCUGUAUCAUCCUGUAGAAAUAUGGCUCCUGUGUCCAGUCCAGUCAAACAGAGAUAUGCAGACAGACCUGACAGCCCAGAGCACAUCCCUGCAGAGGGUAUAAUGAAGAGAUCUACCUCCAUGUCCUACGUGGAUGGCUGCAUUGGAACAUGGCCCAAAGAGAAACGCUCCUCCUCUCGUGGAAUCUCCUUUGAGAUUCCUCUGGACGGAGACCCGCAUUGUGAAGCUCCCUCCCUCCGCGGUAUGACUCGCUCUGCCAGCAGUGAUGGUCUUGGCUUCAAAGUUCACUUUGCAUCUCGAGGGGGCAUUAAGCGCCACCUGUCUCUCAUGCCCGUCAAUGUAAACGGCCAAAGCAGACACAUACCAGAGGAGGAUGAGGACUUUACCUCCCACAAACCCCUGGGGAGGAACAACACAUUCUCAGUCAAGAACCAAAGCAGGUACUCCAAUGGAGUCCUCACAGACAGCGACCACAGCCCCAGCAAUCACCAUGGCAACCACAGCGGGCACAUCAGCCCAUCAACUCCUCCGAGCAUUGAGGAGGCCCUGAAGAUUAUCCACGACACUGAAAGGCCCCAUGCCAGCCUGGGCGUGGGGGAUGGAGACAAUGGGUUCUUUCUCCACAGCGGGGAGCCUUCAGACCCUCCAGGGGCCCAAGGUGAAGGAGAUGACCCAGGUUCGGCUAAGGCUCGGCUGAAUGACCACGACCCCAACUCCGUGUCCACUGAUGAAGUUGACACGGGCAUCCAUGUGAGGACAGAGGACAUCCAGAGCUUGGAUGAAGACUCCUCCUCUCUGAGAGACUAUUCAGACAUAGACCCAGACUGCGAUGCCGUGACUCGGUCGUGCCCCCUGUCUGAACGGCCGGAUAGGGAGAGAAACAGGGAAGAAGGACAGAAAGGGGUCGGUGAUGCUAACCCUGAGGGUGAGAGGGUAGAUGGAGGUGACAGGAGCAGCCCCUGUCCCAGUUCAGCACCCACACUCCCCAGAUCCCACACAGCCAGCCCCACCUCGUCGUCUGGAGGCUCUGGAGGCGGCAUGGUCCGAAUGACGAGCUUUGCAGAGCAGAAGUUCAGGAAACUGGAGGGACGGAGUAGCGGAGGAACCACACCAGAGAGUUCAGAUCUCAAUGUGCCGUAUACACACCCCACAAAAAGCAUUUCUUCUCAGAUCUCUACACCUCCUUUGCCAAUCACAUCUCCCUCUCCAGUAACGCCUUCCCCUCGAGACCCAUCCCACCUGAUUGCCUCAGAGAUGAUUCAGCUGAGGAUGAAGCUUGAAGAGAAACGGAGAGCCAUUGAAGCCCAGAAGAAGAAGGUGGAAGCAGCUUUCACCCGCCAUCGUCAGAAGAUGGGCAGGACAGCCUUUCUCAAUGUAGUGAGAAGAAAAGGAGUCACUGCCCCCCUCAGCUCCAACUCAGGGGGAGCAGAAACACCUUCUCCAGAGACACCCACACCCUCAAAGGAAACCAGCCAGGGCAGCAUGGAGCGGGCGGAGAGAUGCAAGCCAGACGGAGCAGCUCCGAAAUCCCCCUGUGAGGAUGGCGGAGGUGUGACUCCUGGAGAAAUCGAUCUCGCAGAUUACACUCGCUCCAUUGAGAGGCUGAACACGUCGUUGGGCUUCCUGCAGACGGAGAUGCAGCGCUUGGCCCAGCAGCAGGAGAAGAUCAUGGCCAUGAGAGAGCAACAGCAACAAGCCUGGGUCAUUCCUCCUCCUGCUCCAUCUCCACACAGGCAGCUCCGUGAGUUGCGUAGCAGCAGUGUAACAGGCCGGGGAUCAGGCCGAGGCUCGGUCGGGUCUUUGUCACCCAUCCUUUCUUCUUCCGGCUCUCCCCACGCUCCCAAUAGCUCCCCUGCUGGCAUUAAGCGGCGACCAGCCUCCUUCCAUGCCAGGACACCUCGGACUCCACGACCAAACGAUCUGAAGGUCACGCCCUUCAGACGAAUGCUUAACACCCCCACCUCAGUGGACAGCCUACCCAGACUGAGACGUUUCACCCCCAGCCAAACCCAGAUCAGUUCGUUUGCCUACCUGAGCCACGAUGAGGGACCAGGGGGGAGCAAGAACCAAGAGGCCAAGGACAACGAAGAAAACACUAAGGACAAAGAAGAGACAGUGGCAAAGAAGAGUGCUGGCGCUCCUCAGCCUUCUACUAAAGAAGCAGCCAAAGAGAAGGAGGAUGAGAGGCAGGAGGAAAUAAAACAGGCAGAGGGGGCUCAGUCAAAGGAUGAAGUCGAUCAAACAGGGUCAUCAGAGGUGUUGUGUCAACCGGUGUCUGAGAUCCAAGGGCCCACAGGCAACCGGGUCAAGGGAGACCGCCAGGAAAAAAAAGACCUAGUGGAGGUGCCUUUGUCUGGGCUGAAACCUCCAGCAGGAACACCCAGCAGGCAGGAGGUGACGGGAGAAGGAGACGCGGAGGGUGAGGCAGGAGGAGAAGCUUAUGGAGACGAUCAAAAGAUGUGCUGUGGAUUCUUCUUCAAGGAUGAUGUGAAAGGGGAAGAGGAUAUGGCAGCAAAGAAGGCCGCUCUGCUGGAGAAGAGGCUGAGGAGAGAGAAGGAGGCUCAGGAGAGGAAGCAGCAACAGGAGCUGGACCAGGAGCAGAAGAAGGAAGCUGCACGGUUGAAAGCCGAGGAGGAUCAGGAGAAGAAGGAUGAUGAGAAAGCAAGGAGGGAGUACAUCAGGAAUGAGUAUUUGAGGAAGCAGCAGCUCAAGCUGAUGGUGGACAUGGAUGACGUCAUAAAGCCCCGAUCUGGAAGUCUCAAGAAGAAGCCACGGCCUAAGUCCAUCCACAGGGACGUCAUGGAGUCGUCCACUCCGCCUGUGAGAGCAACAGGGGUGCGUCCUCGAGGCUUCUCAGUAUCAAGUGUUUCUUUAGCGUCUCUCAAUCUGGCUGACAAUGACAGAGAUCAGCCAAAUAACAAGAAGAACAACAGGCCAGACUCUGCAGAAGGUUUUUCCUCUUGUCCUUCGACUGGCAGUCGGAACGGAGAGAAGGAUUGGGAAAAUGAGUCCACCACCUCAUCCACUCCCUCCAACGCUGAGUACACAGGACCCAAACUAUACAAGGAGCCAAGUGCCAAGUCUAACAAGCACAUCAUCCAGAAUGCCCUGGCUCACUGCUGCCUGGCUGGAAAGGUCAACGAAGGCCAGAAGAACAAGAUACUGGAUGAAAUGGAGAAAUCCGAAGCCAAUAACUUCCUGGUGUUGUUCCGUGAUGCCGGUUGCCAAUUCAGGUCUGUGUACACUUACUGCCCCGAAACAGAGGAGAUCACCAAACUGGCCGGCAUCGGGCCAAGGAACAUCACGACCAAGAUGAUCGAGAACUUGUACAAGUACAACUCAGACAGGAAACAGUUCAGCCAGAUCCCAGCCAAAACUAUGUCCGCCAGCGUGGACGCCAUCACCAUUGCCAGUCAUCUGUGGCAAACCAAGAAGCAGGGGACGCCCAAAAAACUGCACCCCAAAUAGUGCCAGACAUCUGGGCAAGAUUUGGACACGCUUGCUUCAAUGGGACAAACACAGAGGAGCUUGUGGAUUUUUACUGUUUUAUUAAAAGGACACACGGUCCCACUGUAAGAAAUCACAACUGGAAUGUAGAACACAAAAGGGGCUCACAGAAAUUGUCGUUUCAAUACAGAGUUGACUGUUACACCCUGGACUACUUCAAUGGGGCAGAAGUGUGUACUUGUCAGCAUGUGUAUCAAUGUUCUUGUGUGCCAAAAAAAGAGGAGAAAAUAAUAGGCGGACCUUUGCCUUACCAAGUUGAACCACUGAAGCAGUGAAUGUCACGCCUCUGAAAGAGGCAGUUUGGUUUCUAUAAGUUGAUCAUGUGUGGCCUUAUGCUUGUUUUGUGUCAUAUGGAUGCGCUGUGAGUGGUGGUGUCAUUUUGUCAGCGCCUGUGGAAAAAGUCUGUUGUGAUACAGGAGAGGUUGUGUAUACUCACAGGUCUGGGAUCAGAUUUCGCUCCCGUCAAGCCCAGGUUGUUGGCCUGUCUGAUCUGUGAUCAGGUAGAGGCAGCAUUUUUGAUGAGAGUUUUUGCUGCUAUACAGGCAUGUUUUUUUUUUGUUUUUACAUGUGACUGAAAAAAACAGUUCAAAUUUGUGUAUGUGUGUGUAUAGUGAAGUGCCAAGAAGAGUGAGGAAAAUACCUCAGUUGGUGAUUGCAAUUACUUUCCAAAAGUGUGAAAUGAUGAAAAUGAAAUUAAUGAGCAUACAGAGUACCAUCAAGCAAUUCUGGAAAGCACCUGCAAUAGAUUCUUAAUUUAUUUCAUUUUGAUAAUGCUUUGAAGUUAUUUGAAAAGGCAUCUUAGAUUUUAUUCAGAGAAACAUAAUAUACUAUACGUAUAUAAGUUAAAUUAAUUUGUAUAUGAUGGCAGAUCCAUUAAAAAUGAACAAGUCCGCUUGUAGUAGCUUUUAUAAUUCAUCACGUGUAUCAGUAUGUUGUCGUUUGGGGCCUUUUAUUGUCCUACAAAUGCAAAAAGUGUAAACACUCAACAGUAUCACUGAUAAGACUAUCAGUAGUAGAAUAGAUGGAAAUCCCACACUAUGUCAUCAGUCUGUGCAAUUAAAGAAUCAUUCAAAUAUUCACUAUUGAUCAUGUUGCAGUUGGAACUAACACAUAUUCAAAAUGACUUUAAUGUGGAUGUUGUCUUAACUUUUAGAUCUCGAUUGCCCUCAACGUAGUCCACAACUGUAAAUAAAUGAAUUCACCAAUAAUAGCAGAAUAAUAGACCCUGUCCACUGUCGCUGACUCGUUUCCACUUAAGAACUGUCUCGCUUGUUACUUUACUUUCACAUUACUGUUACAUUUUUUUAUCAUGUGUUCCUUCAGUAUGUGUUGACACUGUACAGAUAUAUUUUGGCAUAUAGAAAUAUUUUUUUGUAAUGACAUUUACCUGUUGGUGUGUACUAAUGAAGCAGCACAGUUGUUGAAGACAAGAGUGUUGAAAGCAAAGUGUCCCCGAUGAGGCAAGCCUUAAUAAGGCUUUAUUGUGGUAUUGUAGAAAUCCAUGAAGUAUACUGAGAAAAUCAUAGUAUUUUUUCCAACUUUUCUUUUCGGUUUACUAAAUAUGCUCAACUGUUCAUGGAUUUUUGUUGUUUUUUAUUGCUUUGAGCUUUAUUAAAAUGCCAGCUAUCAACUGUA